AUGGUCAACUGCACCAUGAGCGGCCAGAACGAAUCGGACGUGGAGAGUCUGCUGAUGAGCCCAUGCUGGAACCAGUCGACGAGUGUGCAGGACCAAUACAUUCUGGACGGUCACAAGCUGCUGCUGGAUGCGGAUCUAGAAUCACUGCCGAGUGAUUCGGAGACGCAAAAAAGUUCGAUGGAUGUGCUGGAGAACUUGCUGCUGAAUUCGACCUCCAUCAAUAGUAGUAAUUCAAGCAACGAUGGCGACGUGAAACCGUUGCCAUCAUUUACUUCCUUUAAUACGGGACAUUUGUCCAUCAAUGGGAUAUCCGGGUAUCAUUAUACGGCGAUUGCACAACGAUUGCCGGAGGAAAAUAACAAUUACUCGCAGGGCUCGUUUCAGAAUGGAACGAGCAAUGGGAGUAAUGGAGACAAUAACAUUGUUUCCUCUUCAACCUGUUUACCGGAUUCAGUAAUGAAUCCGGAUGGGAAUGGGGCCGAUAGUUGCCUGCAGGAUGUGAAACUAUUUUCGGAUAGUUCAAUCGAUGGAAAAAUAUACUCCGCCAGUGCCGAUAGCUGCGUGAUAAGUGGGCCUGAUUCCGUUUCCGGAGCGAGAAUUUUUGUAGAUUCUAAGGAACUGUCCGAGUAUGAUAUGAGUUCAAUCGAGGAUAUUGCAGCUAUCAUUGGAUCGGCGAUAGCGGACACGACGGUGCCGAACAACAAGGUGGAGAAGGAGGAUGGGAACGAUACGAGAGAUUCGUGGAUGGAUUUGGAUGCGUGGAUUGAAGGUACCUGUACAACACCGGAGAGUAAAUUGAUUGUGUCGCAACAAGAUUCACUAAGUGAACUGAUCCUACCUCAUUCCCCCGUUCAUACAGCCGGUUCGACGCUGCAGAGCUUGCUAACACACGGGUACAUGCCGCUGCUACAGAACCGGUUACAGAAUGGACCACCGAUCAAAAUAGAAACUCCCACCUCAACGUCCUAUUGUGGCGAACUAAUAUCGACUUCAACUAGUCCACCAGGUUCGGUAGUGUCCACUACCGACAACCUGAUCCUUAACGGUAGGUACCUGCAAAAUCAUCAAAACACCCAUUUUGCCCUCAACAUGGGCUUAAAACCGGAUGGCAUGUGUAGUCCCGAACUCAUGGGAAACUUCCCGCAUACCACUAGCACAACUCAAGCGACACCAAAAAAUAAACGACGACCCCACAAACAGUCCAAAACGAACGGUCAUGGACAUCCACAAGUGCAGCAGCAGCAGGGCCAAUCCCAACAAUCCCAGCAGCAAUCCUCGUCCAUCCAGCAAUCGGCAGCUCAACAAUGCCACCAGCAACAACUCUCAGCAGCUGCGGCAGCAGCAGCCCAAACCCAAGCAGCACUAAGCUUCCAAGCAGCCAGUGAACUCAGCGGACUCCUCGGCAAGGAUAAACCCGUCCAUCGGUGUAACAUCUGCAAUCGGGGGUUCCUCAACAAGAGCAACAUAAAAGUACACCUGCGAACACACACCGGCGAGAAACCGUUCCGUUGCGAAGUUUGCGCCAAAGCCUUCCGUCAAAAGGCUCACCUCAUCAAACACCAGCAGAUACAUAAACGAAUCGGGAGGGAUUGACCAUUAGCAGCAGUAGUGGUGU